AUGUGGGAUUCUCUUGGAAACCUCUUCGUGAGGACGCAGGAUAACGACGAUGAAGCGCUCAAAUUGGCUGCAUUGCAGAGUAAGCUUGAUGCUGAAGAGAAGAAGGUGGUGUUGGAUAAGUUGGUGCAUACAGUGAACUCGAACCCUGGGCUGUUCUUUGAUAGGAUUCGACAGCGAUUCGAUAAUGUUGAUCUAAAAUUUCCAAAAGUGGAGGUGCGAUUUGAAAACCUGGAGAUAGAUGCAUUCAUUCAUGUUGGGAGCAGAGCUUUACCCACCUUGCCCAAUUCUGUAUAUAACAUGAGUGAGGCUUUCUUGAAAAAGCUGAGGAUUUUUCCUGGCAGAAGAAAGAAAUUAAGCAUUUUAAAUGAUGUUAGUGGCAUCAUUAGACCUUCAAGAUUGACUCUCCUCUUGGGUCCCCCAAGCUCUGGGAAAACAACACUGCUUUUGGCUCUUGCAGGACGCCUUGGGAAUGGAUUAAAGUUAUCUGGCAAGAUCACAUAUAAUGGACAUGAAUUAAAGGAAUUUGUGCCUCAAAGAACCUCUUCAUAUGUUAGUCAGAAAGAUUGUCAUAUGGCUGAGAUGACAGUUAGAGAGACUCUUCAAUUUGCAGAAUCUUGUCAAGGUUUUGGUUAUAAGCAAGAUAUGAUUAUGGAGCUUCUAAGAAGAGAAAAGAAUGCUGGAAUUAGACCAGAUGAAGAUCUUGAUAUAUUUAUAAAGACAGUGGCACUUGGAGAAGAUAAGACGAGUCUUGUUGUGGAAUACCUUAUAAAGAUUUUAGGAUUGGAUAUAUGCACAGAUACACUAGUAGGAGAUGAGAUGCGUAAAGGCAUAUCUGGAGGUCAAAUGAAACGGUUGACUUCAGGAGAACUACUAGUAGGGCCCUCAAGGGUUCUUUUCAUGGAUGAGAUAUCAACAGGGCUAGAUAGUUCAACCACAUAUCAAAUCAUCAAAUAUCUUAAGCAUUCAACUCGUGCCCUUGAUGGGACAGCUGUCAUCUCCUUAUUGCAACCAGACCCUGAGACAUUUGAGCUUUUUGAUGACUUGAUUUUAUUAUGUGAAGGUCAAAUUGUCUACCAAGGACCUCGUAAUGCUGCUCUUGGUUUCUUUGCUUCUAUGGGCUUUCAUUGCCCAAAGAGAAAAAACGUUGCAGAUUUUCUUCAAGAGGUUACAUCAGUAAAAGAUCAAGAACAAUAUUGGGCACUCGAUGAGCAUUACACUCUUUCUACCUCCACCUAUGGUGUUAACAGAAUGAAGCUACUCAAAAUUAGCUUUUCAUGGCAGAUGUUGCUACUAAAACGUGAUUCAUUUGUUUAUAUCUUCAAAUACUUUCAACUUAUGUUAGUUGUUAUAAUCAUGACAAGUGUGUUUUUUCGUACAACAAUGCAUCACAAUUCACUUGAAGAUGGAGGUGUUUAUCUUGGAGCUCUUUACUUUGCAAUAGUUAUGAUUUUGUUUAAUGGAUUCAUGGAGGUUCCAAUGUUGAUAGCUAAGCUUCCUGUUAUCUACAAGCAUAGAGAUUUACAUUUCUACCCCUGUUGGGUUUACACACUUCCUUCAUGGAUUUUAAGUAUUCCAUCAUCAAUUAUAGAAUCCGGUGUUUGGGUAAUUGUCACAUACUAUCUUGUUGGGUUUGAUCCUCAAUUUUCUAGAUGUUUGAAGCAGUUUGGAUUGUAUUUCUCUUUGCAUCAAAUGUCAAUAGGGCUUUUUCGUAUGAUGGGAUCUUUAGGAAGAAAUAUGAUAGUUGCUAAUACUUUUGGAUCUUUUGCUAUGUUGGUUGUUAUGGCACUUGGAGGAUUCAUACUUUCUAGAGAUAGCAUUCCUGCUUGGUGGAUUUGGGGUUAUUGGGUUUCCCCUUUGAUGUAUGCUCAAAAUGCGGUUUCUGUGAAUGAAUUUUUAGGAGAUACUUGGGAUAAGGCAAGUGGAAACAACACAAACAUCCCUUUGGGGGCAUUGUUAUUAAAAGUGAGAAGCUUGUUCCGAGAAGAUUAUUGGUAUUGGAUUGGAAUUGGGGCUUUACUUGGUUACACUAUUCUAUUCAAUAUUCUCUUCACUUUAUUCCUUACGUAUCUCAAUCCUAUUGGAAAUCAACAAGUGGUUAUCCCUCGGGAAAAUACAAAGUCACAGAAGAAAAGAAAUGGGCUUGUGUCCGCUAUUAUUGAGUUAAAAGGUUACCUACAAUGUUCACCAUCAUAUCCAGAUACUGAAGUCAAAAACCAAAGAGGAAUGGUUCUUCCAUUUCAAGCACUCACAAUGACCUUCCGAAACAUUAGUUAUUACGUGGACAUCCCAGGGGAGUUGAAGCAACAAGGUCUAUCAAAUGACAAACUACAAUUGUUAGUGAAUGUAACGGGAGCAUUUAGGCCAGGUGUCCUCACAGCAUUGGUCGGUGUUAGUGGUGCUGGUAAAACUACCCUUAUGGAUGUUUUAGCGGGUAGAAAAACGGGUGGGCAUAUCUCGGGUCAAGUAUUUGUUUCAGGGUACCCAAAAAAUCAAGAAACAUUUGCUAGGGUUUCUGGUUAUUGUGAACAGAAUGAUGUUCAUUCCCCAUGUUUGACUGUUCAUGAAGCACUAAUAUUUUCAGCUUGGCUUCGAUUGCCUUCUGAUAUUAACAUGGAAACAAGAAGGGAGUUUGUAGAAGAGGUUAUGGAGCUUGUUGAACUGAAUCCACUAAAAGUUGCUAAUCCUUCUAUUGUCUUCAUGGAUGAGCCUACUUCUGGACUCGAUGCUAGAGCUGCUGCCAUUGUUAUGAGAACUGUCAGAAAUAUUGUCAAUACUGGUCGCACCAUUGUUUGCACCAUUCAUCAACCCAGCAUUGAUAUUUUUGAAUCAUUCGAUGAGUUGUUACUCAUGAAACAUGGGGGGAAGCUGAUUUAUGCUGGACCUUUGGGGACCGGGUCCCACAAAGUUAUUCAGUUUUUUCAGGGAGUAAAAGGAGUUUCCAAGAUCCGAUCCGGAUAUAAUCCUGCUGCAUGGAUUCUUGAGGCCACUUCAACAACAGAAGAAAAUCGACUUGGUGUAGACUUUGCUCAAGUUUAUCGUCAAUCAGAUCUAUAUCUGCAAAACCAAGAAUUAGUUGAUAACUUAAGCAAACCAGAUAGAAAUUCAAGGUUGUUGACCUUCCCAACCAAAUAUUCUCAAACAUUCUUAGGCCAGUUUUUCGCAUGCCUUUGGAAGCAAAAUCUAUCUUAUUGGCGGAACCCACAAUACACAGCUGUACGCUUUUUCUACACCGUCAUCAUCUCAUUAAUGUUCGGGACCAUGUGCUGGAAAUUCGGUACUAAAAGGGAAACACAACAAGACAUUUUUAAUGCAAUGGGAUCCAUGUACGCUGCAGUCUUAUUCAUCGGUAUCACCAACGCCUCUUCCGUCCAACCAGUUAUUUACGUCGAACGCUCCGUUUCCUAUCGUGAAAGGGCGGCCGGAAUGUAUUCCGCCUUACCCUUUGCAUUUGCACAGGUUGCGAUAGAGUUUCCGUAUGUGUACGUACAGUCGCUCGUCUACAGUGUUAUCUUCUACUAUCUAGCUUCGUUCGAAUGGAAUAUGAUGAAGCUUUUUUGGUACGUAUACUUCAUGUUCUUCACGUUGCUGUACUUCACUUUCUUUGGAAUGAUGACAAUCGCUGUCACCCCCAAUCACAACAUCGCCGCCAUAGUUGCCGCCCCUUUUUACAUGCUUUGGAAUCUUUUUAGUGGAUUCAUGGUUGUCCGGAUGAGGAUUCCGAUAUGGUGGAGAUGGUAUUAUUGGGCUAAUCCAGUGGCUUGGAGUUUAUAUGGGCUGCUGACAUCACAAUAUGGAGAUGUGGAUGAUCUUUUGAAACUUGCUGAUGGGUCCCAUUCGGUUCCAUUGAAACAGUUUCUUGAAGAUCAAUUUGGUUACAGACAUGAAUUUUUAGGUGUUGCUGCAACUGCUGUGGUGGGUUUCUGUUUGCUUUUUGCACUUGUGUUUGCGUUUACAAUGAAAUCGUUCAACUUUCAGAGGAGAUGAAGGCUUUUAAUGGAUCUUAGCUCUAAUAAAUGAGCUCGAAUAAUGCAAUUUUGUUUCAACAUAAAUAUACGAAAAAAGACUAGUGGAAGGAUCGCGUACAGAUGAUAAAGUAUAAAUAAUAAUUAUACUUUUUUAUAAUUUGAACAAUAUUUUGGGUUUGAGUUUUAGAGGGAUUUAUGUAUUGUGGCUAUUUGUAUAUGGUACUGAAAUGGAUUUUAGGGUUAAGUCAUGUGAUAUCAAGAUUUUAAUUAAGUGUUCGAAACGGGAAUUUUAUAAGAUCGAUUAUAAAAUUAUAAGUAUCAAGUGUCUCGUACAGGAAUUUUAAGAGGUUAUAAAAUUACUCACUGAAACAAAAGAAGGC